UUAAUAUGGAAGCAUCUAAUCCAAACUUGAAAGAGGAUUCCCUCGUGAAUACUCUUAGAAAGCAACUGAUGGAGUCAAAGAACGGUGGUAACCUAAAUUACACUGAGAAAAGAAUUCUUAAGGAUCUUGAAGAGUUCCAAUUCAAUGUUAACCCUGAGAUGGGAAUCUCUGCUGUCCCUCUGAAAGAUAAUAUCUACAAGUGGGUUGCAAAUAUCAAAGGAAUUGCGGAAACUCCUUAUGAAGGAGGUAUCUUCCACUUUGAGAUUACUAUCCCAAAUGAUUACCCCAACAAUCCCCCUCAAGUAGAGGCUUUAACUCCUAUCACUAAUAACUUCUUCUCUGGACGUAAGUAUCGAUCAGAAAUGGUUGAGGGUGAAUGGUGUUCAGGAUACUCUCUCUUCUCUGUUCUCCUCCAGAUUCAAUUUGGGCUCUAUGAUUACAUCGGCUCAAGUGCUCAGACCAUCAGAACAGAAGCCCAGAACACUAAGACUUACAAGUGUCCUCUCAGUGAGCAUAAUGGAGAGAGCCACAUUUACCCUCCAUUUGAGUCUGCUUUGGAAGGUGGCCCAGUUGACUAUGCCAAAAAGACUGAAGAAGAGAAACUUAUUGAAGAUACUUACUGUUUCCACACAAGAAUGAAUGUAAAAGAAACUAUCCAAGGCACUGGAGUAGGAUUCUCACGAACUAUGAGGACCACUGAAGUAUCUAGGAUCUAUACAACCAUUGAUUUUGUCUCCCAGAAGGCAUAUAAGGAAGGCCUAAGAAAAGGAGUUAAUAAAAAGAAGUUCUCUCAUUGGCUUCCUCUGUAUUUUAAGGAGACCUGCAACGUAGAUAAAACUAUUGACUUGUUCAGAAAAGCUCUCUCUGAUAUCUCUGCAGGAUCAAAGGAUAAGUUCGAAGAAGAAAUGAUCUUACAGAUCAUGCCUAAACUAUUACUGAGUCACUGUGUUCAGUCAUUGACCGGAACAUCUUACUCUUCAAUUAAAGGAUUAAGAAUGUUGAAUUGCUACCAUAGAGCUUUCAUCUUUGUUCUUGAGCACCACCCAGAAAUGCAGUUUAAACUUGAGCAAACUAUUGAUAGCUUCAUCAACAACGAAGAGUUUAGAGGAAAAGAAAACACUCCAGAUCUUGGAAUGAUCCUGGCCAUGAUCUGUGUCUCAAAAAGAUUCACUUUCAAAGAUAUCGCCAAGGUAUACUUUGAAGAGAAGUUUACAAGAUGUGUUUUCCACAUCAUUAAGGAAAUUCCUGCUUAUGAGACACUUAAUGAUGAAACAUUUAACCAGGAAUUUGCCCAAAAUGUGUACUCAAAAACAUCUAGCAGCUGGCAAUUGAUCAUGUUCUUUGCUUACUAUAACAACUUCAUUAUUGACAAGAACCAAGGAAAGAGAGAACUAAACCAAAUAGUUGAGGAAUACGAUAAGAGAUACUCAAGGCUGUACUACAAGAUCGAGGAAGAGAUCCAGAAAGAAGUAGACCUUAUCAAAUCAGUUGGAAAUUUCAAUGAUUUCUUCCAAAAAGCUGGGCAAGAUACCAAGACUAAUAAUGAGAUUAAAGAGAUGUUCAUCAACUCGGUUGUCAUUUCUAAGAACAAGGGAUAUCAUGGAGGAGUUAAUAUCUAUUUUCCACUUCCUGAAAUCAAGGACCAAGUAAAGGAAGUUCUGAAGGAAAAGGUCACUCUUCUCACAUUCUACAACCCAUUUGAUGAAGAUACUAAGAUGAUGGAUGAUGAAGAAGAUUUUCAAAAAUAUGUUAAAAAGAGAUUCCCAUGGACCAAGAGCUACCUCUCGAUGUGAGAUGAGACCGUCACUGCUGAGUAUUUAGCCAAUGAGAGUGAUCUCAGAAAUUCAUCCAAUAAAUACAAUCUUAAUCUGAAGGGCGAGUUCCAGAACCUUCAUGUAAAAGGGUUCUCAGAAGGUCUAAAAAUUUCAUCCACUAAUUCUCCUUAUAAAGGAUACACUUGGAAAGAUCUUUUCACGAAGUUAGACUUUGAGGAAUUUAUCUACUUCAAUGAGUACCACCAAGAUGAAGAAACACUUAAGACUUAUCUAGAGAUGGCUUGCCCAACAAUUAAGGGACUUGUGCUAAAGCAGCCAUCAAGAGUCUCUGAUGAUAUUUCCUUUAGUGUUUAUACGAAAAUCAUUUCAGCCUGUGCUGGAAGUCUUGAGAGACUUAUUGUUGUAGGAGAUACCCAAGCAUUCCCAUUAUCUCAAGGAUUAUUUACUUGUAUUAGACUUGGAUUCAAAUCUGCUGAAUCAAUCGCUUUGAAAGAAUUAGAGGUUCAUUAUGUAAAUUACUUAGAUACUUAUGGAGAACCAAUGGCUGCUGAUAGAAUUGAAGCAAUUAAGCUUAUCCCACUGCUAAAGGUGAUCCCAGAUAUUAAUACAUUGAGAAUGACUAACAUCAGCUUUUCAACAGAAAAUUUGGAUAAAAUUUUCGAAGUCAUUGCACCAGGAAACUUCAAGGAACUAUCGUUCGUAAACUGUAACAUUGAUAAAAAUGUUGGAAAGCAUCUGGCAAAUAAGAAGCUCAUUGAAGCUUCCAAUUUAGAGGUUUUGAACUUGAGCCAUAACAAGCUAGAGCAUGCUGCUGGGCAAGUAUUAAGGAGACUAGCCGGAAAAGAGCACUUCAGAGUUCUUGAUAUGAGUUACAACUUCUUAACCCAUGCUCAAGACACUGCUAAAUUCUUCGAAGGGUUUAUCCAAAAGACUCCAAGCUUGGAAUAUCUGAACUUUGCAUUUACUAAUCUUCACAACAAGAUCUCUGAGACUGAUAUUGAAGCUAUUGGAACUCUCCCUAAGCUGAGAGGAAUCUCCUUUGAAGCAAGUACUUGUAAGAUGAGCCAAGAACAACUCAAGGCAAUGGGUAAGGCAAUUGUUGCCUCCAAAAACAGUGAAGCUCCACUCGACUAUGUGAUCCUCAGAGGAUGCCUUAAUACUUAUCUAGACUAUGAAGAGUUCUUUGCCUCUUUCUCAGAGCUAUCUCCUGCUAAAGAAGAGGAAGGCCUGGAAGGAUUUGAGCUUGUUGAUGACCCAAUGGAUUGCCAGCCUGCCGGCCAGAUCAAAUACUUAGACAUUUCAUUCGGUACCUUCACUUCUAUGUUUGAGCAGAACCGUCUUAAAAAGGGAGAGUUCCCAGGCUUGAAGUAUGUGUUUACUAUUGUUGAAUCCCUGAACAUGGACUCAUGUAAGCUUGAUGAGAAAGAUGCAAGAAUGAUUAAGUACUGCCUUAAAGAAGCAAAGGGUAAAUCAACCUUGAAAGCACUUACCUUAAGCAACAACUAUUUCGGAAUCAAAGGUGCCAGAGCUAUUGCUACUCUAGAAGUCCCUGAAUUGGACCUUAGCAACUGUAAGCUUGGAGUUGGGGGAGCUUGUGCUUUCUCUAAGUUGCUCCCUGAAAACAUAGUCAUUAAGAAAUUGAACCUCUACAAUAAUAAGAUCAAGGUUGAAGGAGCUAAGUUCAUUGCAAAGAUUUUGGAAGAGAACAAGACUCUUGAGUUCCUUGAUGUUGGGUCAAAUCUCAUUAGAAAUAAGGGAUUCGAGUCACUCAAAACAUGUCUCACUGGAGGUCUCAAGGUCCUUGCUGCUAAGAAUAACUGCAUUAAAGAGAAAGGAUUUAAUGAAUUCAUGGAUGCUUAUCAUGAUAAUGAUGAUUGCCAACUGAAAACUCUCUUGUUAGCCAGUAAUGAUGUAAAUAUGUACACUAUCAAGCUAACAGAGGAAGAUCUGGGUGAUAAGCUAUACAUCGAUUUAGGAAUUAAGCUAGAGAAUCAUAAUGAAAGAACCCUUUUCCUCUGUGGAGUCAAUCCUAAGAACACAAAGCCUCUUCUUAAGAAGUACUUUGAUAAGAAAGGAUGUGGGGUAAUUGAGCACAUUGACAUCAUCCAAGGCAGAGAAAAGAAGAAAGGAAAGCUCAACAUCUUUGGCUUUGUCAAAUUUGCUCAUAAAAACGGAAAAAUGCGUGUAAUCCAGUCUCUCAAGGAGUUUGAAGAGCAAGAGAUCAGGCUUGCAAAUAAGUAA